ACGUCACUUCCCAUUCUCUAGUUAGAUGAAGAUGGCGGCCGUUGUAGAGAGAGUUGAGGGAGGUGUAGGGUCCCUGGAUUCCGACUCGGUGUCUCCGAGGUUGUCUACACCACCACCCGAUCAACCGCAUCAGAACAAUCCUCUACUUGGACUCCCUAUUGUGGCUAUUGAGACCAUUCUGAAUUUCUUGUCAUACGACGAAAUCAGUCUACUACGCUUGGUAUGCAAGCGUAUGGACAUGAUCAACCAGCGCAUGCUGAACCAAGGCUUCCUCAGGGUGGAACGCUACCACAGCUUGUGCCAGAGGCAGGUCAAAGCCCAGCUACCUAGGCGUGAAUCAGAGCGAAGGAACCACUCAUUGGCUCGUCACGCUGAUAUCCUAGCUGCUGUUGAAACUCGCCUGUCCCUUCUCAACAUGACCUUCAUGAAAUAUGUGGACUCCAAUCUUUGCUGCUUCAUCCCUGGAAAGGUGAUUGAUGAGAUUUACCGCGUGCUGCGCUACGUCAACUCCACACGUGCUCCCCAGCGGGCUCAUGAGGUCCUGCAAGAGCUGCGGGACAUCUCCUCGAUGGCCAUGGAGUACUUUGAUGAGAAGAUCGUUCCCAUUCUGAAAAAGAGGCUGCCUGGGGCAGACUUGUCUGGGCGCCUCAUUGGAUCUGCCCCAGUGGCCGGCCCAUCCACCUCCCUGACCACCAUGUCUCUGCUGGCCAAGAACACGCCAUCGCGCUCAGAGAUGACCAAAGUGCAGCAGCAGGUGAAGGUGAAUGGGGCGUCCAUGACGGCCCUGCGGAGGGAGAUGCAGGAGGUGCGUGUCAAGCAACUGGAGCAGCAGAAACAGCUGCAGGACCAGGAACAGAAGUUGCUGGAACAGACGCAGGUCAUCGGAGAGCAGAAUGCCCGGCUGGCGGAGCUGGAGCACAAGCUCAGGGAACUGAUGGACAGCGCCGUUGGAGGAGUCCCGCCCAGCUCUGGGUCCAGGCCGGCAGUGGCCUCCACAUCGGCCUCCUCUUCCGCCGGGUCUCCCUCUUCCGUCACGGCAGUUGUGGCAACCACACCCGGUGCCAUGGCCACAGCAACCAGCGUUUUGCCUGGAGGGGCGGAGGGUGACUGCAGCCCACCCUUUAAACGCACCAGGAAGAGUUCAGACCUACCACGGCAGUCCAAACGCCUGCGCUGCAAGAAAUAAGGAGGCGCUUUUGUUUUGUUUUUCAGAUGUGAUAAUUGCACCCCCUGCAAGUCUGUUCUAUGUCAGGAGUAGCUCUAGUGUUAAUUGCCCCCAUGCCCUACUUCCACUAUGAAGAUGACUUCCUUCAUACAGGAACCAAACACAAUGGGUGUGUUUUGGGGCAAAAUGUUGCCAUGGUAUUUAUUUGGGUACUGUGUUGCUCUCCAUAGUUUAACCACUGACCCUAAAGCCGCUCUGAAAUUUGCACAUUAGGUGACAGGUUAGGCUUCAUUACAAUCAUAGUUUGACUGAGUACUAAGCCACGUAACGGUCAAUACUGGCUCAUCAACAAAAAUUGAUUCCCUUAAAGGGCAUAAACUGCUAGUUUGAAGGGAGAGAGGGCAAAGACAUGUCUUUGUGGCAUAGGUAAAAGUAAUUCAAGGACCUUGCUGGUGUACAACUAUUAAAAAACAAAACAUUUUGCUCUGACAUUAAAACGUCCUGUCUACAAUACAUGGUCCCCUAUAAAGUAAAAAUAACUUUGUCAUAUUUUUUUUGUUUUGUAAGGUUAUCGCAAGGUGGGAUAGCCUUUAACCUUCUGGUUUCUACCCAUUUCCAGUGGUAUGCUGUUGUCUUCACGCGUAUUCAUAGGAUGGGAUAUAUUUAAAUCAACACUGCAUAUGGAAUUAUUAAAUUGAUCUCACCUGCUA